AAAGCAUCUAUACUGUAAGUACUGUAUAUUUGUGUGCUGACGUGGCGUGCAUUUCAUUUGGCAGGCACACGCGUGCCUAACAGACAAGGCGCGCAGGAGGAACUUCGACGCUGAGCGGGCCACGGCCUUCUGCGCCACGUGCCAUGAUCGUGUGAGGGCCGCCACGACGCCUGCGCCCCCACCAGGCACCGCGCCAGUGACAGGAGGACGCCGGCCGCAACAGCGUCCACGCAGCAGCAGCACAGCAAGGCUCGUGGCUCCGUCGCGAAGCAGGGCGGCGGCGGGAUGAGGUCGCCGACGCAGGCGCUGCGGGAGGUGCGGAACCAGCUGCAGGAUGAGUGUAGGGUCAUCGACGGCUGCCUACGAGCCAAUGUCGUGCGCGUGCGCAGGCGCCAGUCCUUCCUUCUCUUCGACCUGUCCGAUCGGCAGCGCUUCCCGGACUACCCACAUGCCCGCCCGCCACCCCUGUUCGCCGGCUGCCGGUCGUUCGAGGAGGAGGGACUUGGCGCCAGCCAGGACCAACAGAACUGGUGCAGAGAUGGCAGCUGUGAGUCGCCGGUGUCAGGACCGGGCCGGAGCGCCCUGCGAGGAUGAGCCUCCCUGGACAAGGCUAGCAAGUGCAUGGGCGCUCGUUCGUGCCAUCAAGCGCCGUACUGUUUAUAGAAAGUCUAACAGGUCCAUCUACAUACAUUUUCGAAAAAGAAAGCACUUUUGUCCCCUACCAUCA